AUGUCCAAUAGCCCCACGAGCACGAGCAUACUCGUGCACCGACCGAGCAUACUCGGCCCCAAGAACCGCUUCCACACGUUACGGGCACACCCGUAUCUUCGCCGAGCAUACUCGGCUCUAGAUCUCGAUACGAGAAUACUCGUAUUCCUGCCGAGCAUACUCGGCCACCAGGAACCGUCCUCCGUUCCUCCGUGCGAGCAUACUCGCACGUUACCGAAAUUUAUUGAAUUUUCUUUUGAAAGCGAGGAUGAAGAUGAUGACGACUUGGAAUUUGUAAUGAAUAUGUCUUCAAGUAGUGACGAGAACGAAGAAGAAGUAAGAAACCGUAUCACUAUUGUAGACUUGAUUCUAAAUACAAAAAAAAGUGAAAUGCAAAUUAGACCUCGCAUCAAAGACUAUGUGGAAAAAAUUAUUCUCAAUUACACCGCUGAGGAAUUUAAAUCGCAUUUUAGAUUGUGGCCUACAACUUUUGAAUUUCUAUUGGAAUUAAUAGGACCUACGUUAAGCGCCACUAAAUCAAUUAGUGGCAGAAAACCUUUGGCAGCGCAAAAACAACUUCUAAUAGCUUUGUGGAUGAUGGCAACACCAGACUCCUACAGGUCUGUGUGUGUAAAAUUUAAUAUAGGAAAGGCUACAGCAAUUCGUACUAUGAGAAAAGUUACUUAUGCUUUGCACAUUCUCGCUCCGCGAUUUAUUCAGUGGCCUCAAGGUGAAAGAGCAAAUAAAGUGAUGGAAGAAUUUGAAAAAGUUAGUGCAUUUCCUAAGAUUAUAGGAGCCAUCGAUGGCACUCACAUUCGCAUAAAAGCUCCACUGGAAGAUAAACAAUCAUAUGUGAACCGCAAAGGAUAUCGUUCAAUCCAUGUGCAACGAGAAUGGCAAUUGAGAGAACAUUUGGGUUGUGGAAAGGACGAUGGAGAAGCAUUCUUGAUUGUUUGCCUAUGA